AUGGCGCGAACCAGUCGAGCAAAUCGAAGGGAGCGUGAGGAAGAAGAGGAAAUUCAUGAGGAGCCAUUCGUCAACGAUGACGAAGAGGACGACAUCGGUGAAGAAGAAGGACCACCAUCUAUCGACCCAUAUGAGGAGCUUGGCUUGGAGACUGAGGCAACAGCCGACGACGUGAAGAAGGCAUACCGAAAGCUCGCGCUCAUACACCAUCCUGACAAGGCUGCCCCAGCCGAUAAAGAUGCCGCCAACAAGAAGUUCCAGGAGAUCGCCUUCGCAUACGCUGUUCUCUCUGACGAUCGCCGACGCAAGCGAUACGACCUCACUGGCAGCACUGCAGAGACGCUCGAGGAUGAUGGCGAUUUCAACUGGCUGAACAUUCUACCGCGAGCAGGCAGUGAAGAAGAGCGCAGAGAUCUGAUCAAGGCGUACAAGAAAUGCAAGGGAAACUUGAACCGCAUGUACGAGCUCGUCAUGCUGUCCGACAUACUGGAGGACGAUGAUCGCUUCCGACAGAUCUUGGACGAAGAGAUCGCCAAUGGAAACAUUGAUGCACUUCCAGCGUAUGAACGAGAGACCGAUGAAACUCGGCAGACGGCCAAGGACGCGGAGAAGAAGAGGCGCGAAGACUACGACAAGCGUGAGGCCAGCAAGAACGAGCCUCAGACUGUGAAGGGCAAGGCCAACGGUAAAGCCAAGCCGAAAAGCAAGAAGGGCGGUGCAGACGACAUGGCAGGUCUCGCAGCUCUCAUUCAGCAACGUCAAAAGGCCAGGGCGGGCAACUUCUUUGAUGCUCUUGAAGACAAGUAUGCGCCCAAGUCGCGCGGUAGCAAGCGAUCCACACCCAUGGAUGAGCCACCGGAGGAGCUGUUCGAGGCCAACCGUGCGAAGAAGCCUAAGCGGGGCGCUCGAACCAAGAAGGUCAAGGAAGAAGAUGAGGACGAUGACAUGGAGAUGGGUGAAGAGGACAUUGGCGAGUCUGAAGAGGAGGAGGCACCGCGAAAGUCAAAGGCUCGAGGCAAGGCAAAGGGUCGAGGUCGCGCAAGUGCAAAGGCCUGA